CGCGUGCGCGUUUUCGCGCUAAUUAUCAGUCCGGAUUCCGGACGUUUCAGUGCGGUGUGUGUACUUUGUUGGUCUAUGCUCCUUUUGGAUCUUAACGGAUGUGUCAUAGUGUCUAGUGUGGUGAACUCCCUAUUUGGAGUCUUCAUGCAGAAGGUGGAUAAGGUGUCUAUGGGCGGCGGUAAUCAUUUAACAUCAGAUCAAAUGAGACUCACCAGAAAAAAAUCUCAACCGGACCUCGAUCACACCUUAAACUGAAAAAAUUCCAAAACCAAUAGUCAUUUAUUAUUCUAAAGUUCCUAAAAUCAUUUAUAGUGAUAAGAUAGGAUAUAAAAAUGUAUAGUUCGAACGAAUUUCUGCAUAGCGCCGGCGUGAGUCGGCACAUGCAAGCGAUGGGCGAAACUCCCUCCCAAAAGACUAGUAUGAAACGACGCUCAUGCGAAGUCCCCUUAGGGGACAUAUCUUCGAAUAACUUUAAAGUUUCCUUAGGAGAUAUAUCUACUAUAAAUGAUGGUCCGAAUUAUGACUGUAGAUCCCUUAGAUCCGUGAAAUCGGAGGACACUAGGUCAUUACGCUAUAGACCCAUCGACAGUAGAAGCGUUAAGAAUUUUCGGUCAUCUCUGGCUGAUAUUUCCACUUAUUCGCUAUCGAGGCCACCGAGUUAUGAUCAGCUGUCUAGAAGGUCUAUAGUCGAGGGUCCGGAAGGUCAAGGGAUCACGUCCAGCAUCGAGGGGGUGCUCUGGUCAGAUGAAGAGGAGAAUGAAUACUUCUAUCAUGAGAACAUUACAACAGCUUGGAACCAAGACCUGGCGGCGAUACGACAGCUACUCGAGAGCGAGACGGGAGGCACGACCUGUCCGAGUUGUAAUAUGCCCUUUGACAAGGGCAAAAAGAGAAAGCUGAUCGAUACUUGCGGACAUGAGCGCUGCUACUCCUGCAUGUUUAGGAACGAAGCGUGCCCCCUAUGUGCCAGAAAGAGGCAAGGCAGACAGCAAGUAAUGGAUCGAUAUACGCCGUCCCCACAAAGACAAGACCAGGACUGGCAAUCGCCAAUGCGUUUGCCAAAACCGCCAAAACAACCCACCAGUCUCACACAGAGCCCCACGCCACCACACACGAGAAAGAGAUUCUUUCUUAGCCCCAAAUCCUUACGCAGCCCUUUCGCACCGAGAUCUUCCCGGCAUUCUCACGAGAACCACGUGCCUCUAUCUGGGUUGCCAGAGGAAGGUCCAAGAACGGCGGCGUGGCCGAGCCUGGUCUUCAAUAAGAUCAGAUCGCUCUGGUCGGCGCACUCGUCAGUGCCACAAGGGCUCAACCAGUUAGCAGAUGACGAAGGAGGUCACAUCAAACAGCCGGGCUACGAAUCUAGACGACAGAAUGACCUGUACAUGCGGCUCGGGCUAUUGCUCGGAGAGAGGCGUGGUGCUCGGAAUAAGGCUCGGGACAGCUGUACGUCACUCGCCUCGCUGGAUGCGCAUACGCUCGCCUCACACAAUACUAGCCCGGUGUCAACCCUAACAGGCUCGUCCGAAGUGGAGGCGGUCACGCCGCUAGGUCGCGACUCACUCGGCUCUCUGGCGUCUAUGUCACUGUCUGCAGCCAGCAACUGUUCCUCGUCAAGUCCUGGCAGUAGGCGGCAUUCUGUUAAUACUUUACAAGGUGGCCGUUCAGAAGAAUUAACUCGAAUGUCGAGUGGAUUUUUCAAAUCUAGAAAAUCUGCAGUCAGACGAUCGGCGCGGGUCAGCAGUAAACAGUCUUCCUCAUCUUCGGAAAUCAAGAAAGUAUACCCAUCACUUCCAUUAACGUUACGACCGUUGUUCUUCGAAGUUCCAUCAACAGAUGGCAACGCGUACUUCUCCGGCCGACAGUGGCUGAUAAGAGACAUGGAGAAGGCAUUGGAAUCUAGCACAUCAGGAAUCCUCAUAUCUGGUACACCGGGUACGGGUAAGACAGCGUUAAUACUACAACUGGUGGAGUACUCUUGCUUCGGUCGGAAGAGAAACUACGAAUACGAGGUGUUACGAGAACAAUCAGACAUACGGGAGAUGCUUCCAGAAGAGCUCACCGCUGGGAUGUUCACACACCUGGCUUCAAAUGUCGUUGCUUAUCAUUUUUGCCAAGCCGAUAACAACAGCACUUGUUUGGUUGGCGAGUUCGUUCACUCCCUCGCAGCACAGCUUUGUCAAGCACCUAAACUGCAGGCAUACAGGGAAUAUAUUAUCAGUGAACCACAUCUAAUUGCUUGUUUGUCUCUAAAAGAAUGUAUAGCUGAUGCAGAUUUAGCUUUCAUGCGUGGUAUCAUAGAACCUCUUAUUAUACUGAUGAAGAACGGGAGCAUAGAAACAGGGAAUUGUAUCGUAUUAAUUGAUGGACUUUGUGAAGCGGAAUAUCACAGGCCAGAUCACGGUCAUACAAUAGCGUCGUUCCUAGCUAAACACGUUCCUGAAAUGCCUACGUGGCUAAAAGUGAUUGCUACAGUCAGAACUCAAUUUCUAGAACUAGGCAAACAACUCCCAUAUACGAGACUGAGUUUAGACGAAUCUGACAAUGUAAACAAAGACCUUCUGGAGUAUUUCAAUACAAGAGUACAAGCUACUCCAAUCAUAGAAACAAAUAUCAAAUGCUCAACAGGCAAGUCGGAAGGCGUCCACAAUUCUGUGAUGAAAUUCGCUCAAUACGUCCUACACUUGAGCCAAGGCUCGUUUUUGUUCCUGAAACUAAUUUUAGAUUUACUCGAAAGAAGUCAUAUCGUCGUAAAAUCCACUAACUAUAAAGUAGUGCCAAUAUCGCUGGCCCAGAUAUUUUUAUUACAAUUCAAUUUGAGGUUCCCUACUGUCCAAUCGUUUGAAAAAAUAACUCAUAUAUUGAGCGUUUGUUUAGCAGCUCUCUAUCCUCUAACGUUGGUCGAGAUAUACUAUUCAGUCAAUUCUUUACUGGUUGACACAUUUCUGCCAUGGGACGAAUUUUGCGAUAGAUUUGAAACUCUAACAGAUUUUCUCGUGAAAAGGAUCGACAACACAUUCAUGUUUUUCCAUCCGUCAUUCAGGGAAUGGUUAAUACGGCGAGAUGACAAUGAAAGCUCAAAAUUCCUUUGCGAUUUGAGAGCGGGACACUGCGGUAUUGCUUUUAGAUUGUCUAGAGUGCAAGCGCCUUUAGACUCUGAAAAGACUAUGGAAUUAGGGCAUCACAUUCUUAAAGCGCACAUGUACAGAAACAUGGGGCCAGCUCAAUUGGGAUUAUGUCCAAGAGACUUACAGGCCAUGAUGGUGGCCACGAGUUCUGCGAAUGUUGGUGAAGCAAUAGCCAACAUGAGAAAUAUUUACACGCCAAACGUGAAAGUAUCGCGACUGAUGCUCUUGGCUGGCGGCUCGCCUAAUCAGAUCACAGAAUGCCUUGGAAAUGCUCCUUUACUGUGCAUGUACGCGUAUCAAGGAAUCAUUUCAAUGAUUGGAUUACUGAUCGAAUUUGGUGCUGAUCUAGAAAUGACAAAUUCACAGGGCUGUACAGCAUUAUCUUUGGCUUGUCAAAGAGGGCAUACUGAUGUUGCUAGAAGAUUGAUAGCUGCAGGUUCAUCUCUAAGUCACACGGAUACAGCUGAACAAACACCUCUAGUGCAUGCAGCUAAGAAUGGGCAUAGAGAUACAGUGAUUUAUCUCCUUGGAUGUCAAACUGGAAGGGACGAUAGAAAUUCUUUAGAUAUCGACGGAAGCAUCGAACAGCUAGUGCCCGGGUUGAGACACGCGUUAAUUGCCGCAGCUCAAAAUGGUCACUUAGACAUUGUGGAGUAUCUUUUAGAUACUGCUGAAUUAAUACCUGACGGUAUCUGUCCAGUGACGGGCGAGACGGCUCUCACAGCAGCAUGUUCAACUGGCAACGUGGCCAUUGCCGACGCUCUUCUCAUAAGAGGAGCGACCCCUUACUCCUUAAAUGCUAGAGAAAUGUCUCCUCUAGCGUUAGCAGCUAAAAACGGCAGGUCAACUCUCGUUUUAAGGCUGUUGGACUCUGGAGCAGAUGUUAUGGGAUCUGGUGGAAAGAACCCUUUGAUAUUGGCAGCGGCUGAGGGGCACGUGGAAGUUGUUGAAAUUCUAUUAGACCAUGGUGCUGAUCCAGAUGCGACAGAUAGCGACGGAAUAUCUCCCCUAGGAUGGGCGUGUCUUCGAUCUCGAAUACACACUAUGGUUGCACUAUUAGACAAAGGCGCCAACAUUGAUCAAGCUGACAACAGUGGCCGUACUCCUCUAGGACUGGCCUGCGGUGGACCAGCAGAUCUAGUUGAAAUUUUAUUGGAACGAGGAGCGUCGCUGGAAAAAGUAGAUCAUAGCGGAUUGAGACCUUUGGAUAGAGCUAUUGGUCAAAGAAAUGUUCAUGUGGUCAAUUGCUUCCUGAAGAAGGGUGCUAAACUUGGUCCUACAACGUGGGUCAUGGCAUCAGGCAAACCAGAAUUUAUGCUAAUAUUACUGAACAAGCUGCUGGAAGACGGCAACAUGCUAUACCGAAAGAACCGUCCGUCAGAGGCAGCUCAUCGGUACCAAUACGCCCUGAAGAAGAUCAACCCAUUGAUCAGUGACGAAGGCCAAACUACGCCAACCAGCCAACCGGUGCCGCACGAACACGUCUCCGCUUUUGUGCAGUUGAAAACGAAUUUGCUGUUAAACUUGUCGAGGUGUAAAAGAAAACUAAACGAACCAUCAGAAGCACUAGAUCUAGCUGCGCGCGCUUCUGUUCUGCGCCCAAAUGCAUUUGAAUGCGCGUACGCAAUGGCCCGAGCUAUCCUAGCUCUAAACAAACCUUCAGAAGCCUUGCCCCACGCUAGGAGGGCCCUAGUUCUAGCGCCUUCCACAGAUAUAUCAGCGAUUAGGACUCUGAAGGCAUUACAACAAGAGAUCUUAACCAGAAUCAACACUGGCUCACACAGUUUGAGCGUAGAAACUAGAUCUAUGAGAAAUUAUGAUACGAUAAGUCUAAACAUGCCGUAGACGUCUGUAAAAUUACUCGACUACGAUUUAUUACAAUAAUUGUAAUAAUAUUAGAAUUACAUAACGAUAAUUACAAUUUUUGUAAGUUUUACAAAAUAUGAAAUAGAAUAUUGGAAUUGUAAAAAAAUAAAAUAUUACAAAUGAUUUUAUAUAGAGCUCUCAAUUUUUUUACAUUAAUUUCCAUAUUUUAAACUAAAUGUAAAUGAAUAAUUUUUUUUUCGUGUGUAAGGUUAUUUUUAACUUUUUUUUAUAUAUUGAGUGAUGUUUUUACUUCAGUGAAAUAGUAUUAUAUUACUUUAUAUCUUCGUAAUACAAAAUCAAAUAGUUUGUAUAGAUUACAAUAUAUACACUACUUAUGUUACUUACAAAAAUCAAUUUUUAAAAUAUAUUAUUUGUAGAGAGUGAUAUUUUUGUCAUAUGAUGAAAUGACAUUAUAAUUAUAAAUUGUAAAUAAAUGUAAUUCUUUCUUUACUUUACACGUGUAAAAUACAACUUAUUACAAAUUUUGUUACACAUAAUUCUCGAAUAUUGUUUUUUUUUUUUUUUAUUAGCAAUAAUAUUACUUGCCAAUUAAUUUUUUGUUUUAAAUUCCCAAUAGAGGUCGUUUCCAGUGCCUUGGUCUAUUCAUUUUUAAUGUAUGAGGUAUUUAAUUUUCGUUGUUAUUUUAUUUUUAAAGAUAAGGUUUUGAGUUAAACUCAUGUAUGUGCCCAUUUCCUUGCUUUAAUUUAUUGAGUUAUAAGAAAAUUACGUAUGUAAUAAAUCUAAAGGGAGGCAUGUGAGGAUGUCAAAAAUUUUUGUUUAUAAGCGAUAUAAUACGUAUAUUGUAAACUUAUGAACAUAUAAAGUGUGAUUGUAUGAAAAUUUAUUCAAAUUUAUUUAUUUGUGGUUUCCAAUAUUAGCUAUAAUAAAAUUUUUAAAAAAUAUAAAAAAAAAAUGUGUUACAAAUUCUGCAAUGUCAUAAAAAUCCUACUUCUGUAAUUGUAAUUUGUAAAUAUUAAAAAAUAAUAUGAAAUAAAAUAUAUUCAUACCGUGCUAACAAUUUCUAUCGUUCAUAUCCCCAUAUACUUCUAUUGAAUUCUUAUAAAUUUUUAAAUUCAUAAAUAAAAUGUAACCCUUCCCUUAGCUUAAAGCCGAAGAAAGUAAUAAGAGAUUUAUAAAAAUUUAAAAUUAUAUGUGAAGUAUAAAUUUUUAAAUUACACCUAAUACCUCGCUAGAAAUUUCAUUGCAUUUCACAUGUGUGUAGAUAGAUUUAAUAAAUAUAUUAAUACAUUUAAUAAACAUAAAAUAUUCAAGGUGUUUAUGACAUUGCAAAAUGUUGUUAUCACUGAUUUAUCUCUCAUUUCGAACACUACAUCUGAGACGAUCGAUUCGCGUGAGAUAGUAAAGACUGACGAAAUAAAAAAAAUCUGACUUUAAAAAUGCACUUAUCUCAGGAGUGGGUAAUAUAUAGUAAUAUCUAUAUAUCUUAGUUAUAAUAUUAUUCGAAAAUAGAUAUCCGACCAUUAUAGGCGAUAUAAAAAUAGGCGAUGACCUUGUUGGACAAUGUCUAGAGGAGCCUAAAAUAUAGAUAUCGGAUCGGUAUCAAUAUUACCCAUGCCUAGGUACAGAUGCAUUGUGCUCAUACAGAAGCAUGUAUGUGAGAUUAUAGCGAGCAUGCUCGAAUGUAUCUUGCCUCUUAGACUAGAAGUAAAUGAAGCUACCGAAACAAUACGUUUUGGUUACAGCGUUAAAAAAAGAGAGCGGACGUUGCUGUUUCGUACAUGCUGUAGCGAAAAUGUAUCUAUCGAUACAUUCGUUUAUCCUUCCCCUAAGGGAGCAGGCACGAUCUUGUAUAAAUCGAUAUAUGGUUAAAAGCAUGCUUUAUACUAUUGAGUACGUAUAAAUCAGUGCCUUUAAAUGUAAGUACAAUAGUUACAGAAUUGAUAGAACUUGUUCAAUAUUUUGAAAUUUACAUUAUAGUAAUAAAAAAUCAUAUUGCUUAACAA